UGUCCCUCUGCUAUGAUAAAGAAGCUCCAACAGGCGACCGCCGUCCAGCUGGUCCCACCAAGUGCCCCCAGCCUGAGGGUGUAAUUUGAUGCUCGAGGAGGGCUGCCAUCACAUGGUGGAAAUUUCCACGGUGGCUUCCCUGUUGAAUGGGUAUGGUCUAGAAGAGCGACGAGCAGACGGCCGCCUCCUCCGCCUUCCCCUCGCUUCUCAGAGAGCUUCCUCGACGGAACCAGUCAGUGUUUCCCCUCGUUUGACUGAGAAGGCUCUGUCCUCCACUCUUCUGCCUGUAUUGUCUUCCCUUCUGCUUACGCCAUGGACCGUAUGGAGCUGAAGCCAGUGAGCACUGAGGCAGACGAUGACAGUAUGGACGAGCGCUACUCCAUGCCUAUCGACUCAGAGAAGACCACCAUGAACAGCCAGUAUAUGGAUGAAGAAGAUGCAGAGAGCCAGAAGUUCCUUGCAAAUGGAAUGAAAAAGAAGAAAUUUGAGGAAGAAUAUCACCCAGGGCAUGCAUCAUUUGGGAUGUCUGCUUUUAACCUCAGUAACGCCAUCAUGGGCAGCGGUAUCCUGGGCCUGUCUUUCGCUAUGGCCAACACUGGCAUUGUCCUCUUUGUCAUUCUACUGCUGGGCGUGGCUGUUCUGUCACUGUACUCUAUUCAUCUCCUGCUGGUAACAGCUAAAGAAGGAGGUUCUCUCAUCUAUGAGAAGCUGGGUGAAAGGGCAUUUGGCUGGCCAGGGAAAAUGGCAGCUUUCGGUUCUAUAAUCCUGCAGAAUAUAGGAGCCAUGUCCAGCUACCUGUUUAUAGUGAAAUAUGAGCUGCCAGAGGUCAUCCGAGCCUUUAUGGGACUAGAGGAGAACUCUGGUGAAUGGUACCUGAACGGUAAUUACCUGGUGGUGUUUGUUUCUUUUGGAGUCAUCUUACCGCUGUCGCUGUUCAAGAACCUGGGCUACCUAGGCUACACCAGUGGGUUCUCUCUUUCAUGUAUGGUCUUCUUUGUGGGGGUGCUGAUUUAUAAGAAGACACAGCUGCCCUGUCCACUGCCUUUCUUCUACAACAACUCGUCUGGUUUGAGUCUGAACGGUUCGGCGCCGUUAGGUCCGCAAGCUCUCCAUAACAGCUCAGCUCUGAUGGAGUUCUCUCGAGCAGACAUGAGCAGUGUUCACCUGGACCCUCAGUCACCUGCUGUGGCCCACAGCGGGGUCCACUACAUCCCCCACCCUGAUGACUAUGAGGACAUGUGCACACCAAAAUACUUUGUGUUCAACUCACAGACAGCAUACACUAUUCCUAUUCUGGCCUUUGCUUUUGUUUGUCACCCAGAAGUUCUUCCCAUCUAUAGUGAGCUGAAAGAUCGCAGCCGAAGGAAAAUGCAGAACGUAUCGAACAUUUCAAUCCUGGCUAUGCUUGUUAUGUACAUGCUGUCGGCGCUCUUUGGCUACCUCACAUUCUAUGAAAACGUGGAGGCAGAGUUGCUGCACACCUUCACUAAGGUGUACAAGUUUGACACCAUGCUGCUGCUGGUGCGUCUGGCCGUGCUGACCGCUGUGACUCUCACCGUUCCCAUUGUCCUCUUCCCUAUUCGCUCAUCCAUUGUCACACUGCUGUUUGCUGGGCAAGAAUUCAGCUGGAUCAGACACAUCCUCAUCGCUCUCGCCAUCUUGAUCUUCAACAAUUUACUUGUCAUCUUUGUCCCGACAAUCAGGGACAUCUUUGGCUUUAUAGGUUCCUCUGCUGCCACCAUGCUCAUCUUCAUCCUCCCAGCUGCCUUCUACCUGCGGCUGGUCAAGAGCAUACCGUUCAGAUCCACGCAGAAGAUAUCUGCACUCAUUUUCCUUGUGGUUGGCAUCAUCUUCAUGAUAGGCAGCCUGACCCUCAUCAUCCUCGACUGGGUCCACAACCCCCCUGGGUCUGGAGGUGGUCACUAAAUGACUGGAAGGCCACCCCAACGCUCACAGACACACAGACUGAGUGUUACUACAAGCCAUGUGAGGGUCACAUAGCAGAGUACACCCCUCCACACACAGUAUUAACAAGCGGUCGUUCAGCCUGCGUGAUCUCUCUUUUUCUCUCUGUCCUCCCAGCGUCACUUGAUUAUGUGUCCUCUAACUCUUAUAUAAUGCUUUUUUAGAUAAAUACUGGGAAAGCUGAACUGUAGUGCAUAGUGAAUGUAGUUGUGAAACUCCAGCUUGUGUUGCUCUAUCAACAGCCUCUGUGUCAACAGCCUGGCUUUAGGUGAUAUCACUGAGAGCUCUCUGUGUGGAAAAGAGAGAGAAAGGGAGAUGGAUGGAUGUUGAAUCUGACCCAACUGCCUCAGACAGACAUUGCUGCAGAAAAAAGUGCUGCUUCGAUGCUUCAGGAGGUUGUGGGAAUUUUCUGUAUGUACAAAAAGCACUUCUAGGUUUCAAGAGUUUUACGUAUGUUCAUAGACCAGUGCAUGCUGGCAAAAAUGCAUAUGUUAUUUUAUUGGGUUUUUUUUUUUUUUUUUUUUUUUUUUUUUUUUUUUACUGGCAUUAAUCCUUUAUACUUAGCAUUUCUUAAGUCUCUUAACUCAUGUUUUUAACUGAACGAUCACAUAUCAUUACAGAACUAUAACUAGAGUAAGCUGUGGAAGAUCAAACUGUAUCACUUUAAUGUUCGAGGUUUUGAGGUCAUAUGAGCUCUUUGCUUGGUGAGUUUGACCCAGCUCAUGACGGAAAUGGGCCAAUGUUCUUAUUCUUCUUCACAAAAAAACCCGAGUUUAGAGCCGCGUCUACAAAUCGAUCCACCGUGAUCUUCAUGCACGUAUGCUGUUAUUGUUUUUGCUGAGCUGGGACUCGUUUUGUGGUGUUCUGGUGUUGUAUUUACUCUGCAGGUCACAUGCAGAGAAACUCUAUGCAAGAUAAUGUGAAGAUAUAUGAACAGAGGGCUCUCUGAAUGCUGAGAUGUCCCGCUCCAUUCUGACUCUGGUGCUGUCUCUCUAACGAGAGAGAGAGAGACGAAAGUGAGACAGCUGGUGCUGACCAUUUUGGUUUUAGCUGAAAUCUGAGCGCCUGAUACCAGGAGAGCUUCUCUGCAUUAGUCAUCAACAAUUGAAACUCAUCACCCAGUUGAGCAGACUUGUGCUUAAACCCUGCUUCUUCACUGUGAAUGGUAUAACUCUGUUGAGCAAUGCCCUGUGAAUGGAGAAAAGGUCAGGAAUAACACACCAUACUCUACACUACCAUACAGAAAAGGCAAUUCACACGUUUAUACUGGAGGUUUACAGCUUGGUUGACCAGACUGGUGUGUGUGUGUGUGUGUGUGUGUGUGUGUGUGUGUGUGUGUGUGUGUGUGUGUAAUGCUGUUACUGUCGGUCUCGGUAGCUUCCCCUUCAAAGUCACACCAAAAGUCUUGUGUAGACCAGAUUUUCCAGUAAAUUUGAGCUGAAACAACUUCUUAAGGGUUUACGUUCAAUUACUUUUUACAAGUACUUUAAAGGUUCCCCCCAAAAACCAUAUAGUUUGCCCAUUUUUUGCAUGGCCUGAUGAAAGUAGUUAGAAGGUUUGUCUUAGUUUUUGACCGUGCCGUGCUGCAUCUCUCUGCCAGUCAAUUCCAUAUUUCCUUCGCCAUGUCGGAGAGUAGUUGUCUACGUUUUGGCACAAAUGCCAUAAGUAGAGGUUCUGAAACCAAACACUGCAGGUAUUUCGUUCCCAUACAGCCAAAGUGGACAAUAUUUAUGGAUCCUUUGAUGGUCUACUUAGACAUAAGCAAAUAAAUAUUUCAAAUGAAAUGGUAUAUUUUGUGCAUGUCUUGGAUCACAAACAUGGUCUUUUUGGACAGUUGUAUAUUCUUUGUAAAUAAUCUACUGAGGUACACUUAGUGAGUUGUUUAAGGGUGGGAAGGUUUAGCAUCUCAAAAGUUUAUCAAUACAGUUGUAGUAUUAUGUAUUUUAGUUCUUGGUGUUUAAGGUCAUCUAACGUUCUUUCUUUCUUUCUUUCUUUCUUUUUCUUUCUUUCUUUCUUUCUUUCUGAGCUUGCUUUGUAAAUUUGUGAAAAAGUCAUUGUAUUUUUAUUGUUAUGUGACCUCCAUGGCUGUUUUUAUGAAUGAAUUAAAAAUUUUUUUUUUUUUUUUUUUUUUUUUUUUUACAUUACUUGAUUUACAUGUCAGCUGAUGACGGUACAUAUCAGUCACAGGUGUAUGUAUGGAUGGCACAUUGCUGUUUUUUGUACACAUUUUAAAGAAAUCAUCCAUAGUCUUUCCCAAAAAUCAAUUUUUAAAGUUUUUGUUGGGUAUUUUAUUGAAAGAUCCUGAAGUUAAUAUGGCACAAAAAUGACUGCCUAUAGGAUUCCAUGGCUCAUAGAAGUGCAACUUGGAUGAACACAUGCAUAAAAACAGUGCAACAACAUGAAAUUGUCGAGUUACGAUGAUUUUGACAUUCUCCAAUUACCACCAUUCACUUAUUACUUGAUGGCCAGGACUGCUGGGAAGCAGCAGCUUCACUGUUUAUAACGUCUCGCCAUAAGAUGAAUAAAAUAAAAUAUUUUCUUUCCAAAAGAAAAUCUAGCGGAUCUGUCACAGAACAGCAGGUUUGCUACCUCACUCUAUGGCCCUUGGAAGCCUGUGUGAGUGUUUUAUUUUUGUGCUGCCAUUAAAGAAAACCUAGGAAAACAUUGGACGACUACUUUAAACCCAAGCAUGUACAUCUGUGGUGCUUUGCCUUAAGAUGAGGCCGAGUGAGGUCCACCUGUAUGUGGACAUCCGUUUGGACUCGCUGUAGAUCAGGGAGCAGUCAGUCAGACGUGUUUCACACACCUGCAUGCCCAGUGUCUUCUAUCAGUGUUGUGCUGGAUGGGCUUCAGCUCUGUGCCUUGAUUUUGCCUCAGGUAUUAAACAAAAGGAGUCGAGCAGAAUUUGUGGAGGGUUACUAUGAUGAGUUCCCACGAUACCUCAGCAGUGUUUUCACAAUUAUUUAUUACUGUAUGAUACUCUUGAUGUCUAUUUGAUUUUCAAAGCAUUAAUGAUGACACAAAGUUGACGGACCCUCCGCAGAUGAAGCUCAACUCCACAGCUGGAGCUCGACUUGUCUCUCUAAAACAUUCUACCUGAGUGCCAUUGAACCCACAAGAAGCACUGACAUACUGCUAACCAAGCAGCGUCUGCCUCCUGUGGAUCAACUAAGCGUGAUUUGUAUAUUUGCCAUGUCUAAAGGGGGGUUUUUGUAUCAGUGAAGCUAAGUUUCAAUAUUAUCUGAUGUAAAAAUAAAAAUCCAGAAAAGAAACAAAUGUC